AUGGACAUGGACGACAGCCUCGUCUCCGGCUUCACCUCGAAGCUCUACUCCCGGCCGCCCAAGGCCCAGACGAGGAUGGAGGUCAACCCGACGCUGCUGGUGAGCUGGUGGGCUACGGGCUUCUCACUCGCCAUCAUCCUCGUCCGUGUCUGCGGCCGGUACAUUCGAACGGAGAGGCUCUUCACCGAGGACUGGGUGAUGGCGCUCAGCAUCAUCCCGCUGCUUGUCCGCAUGGGGUUUACCCAUGUUGUCCUGCUAUUCGGCACCAACAACGCCUCGCAGUACCAUCAUCAAUUCACGGCGGAGGAGAUCCAUAGGCGGGAGAUAGGAAGUCGCAUGGUGCUCGGUGCGAGGAUCUUCUACGCCAUCUUUAUAUGGACGGCCAAGUUCACCAUAGCAGAGUUCCUUGGACGCAUCACCGCGCAGAUAUGGAGGCGUUCCUUCCAGUAUGUUCUUCAGAUCAUCCGCUUCUUCCUCGCAGUCACCUUCGUCGCCGUGGUCAUCACCACCCUGACCGAGUGCCAGCCGUUCGACCACUACUGGCAGGUCUCCCCAGACCCGGGGCCGCAGUGUCGCCAGGGCUAUGCGCAGCUCAUCACCAUGGGCACUUGCAAUGUCGUCACUGAUCUGCUCCUGGUCAUGUUCCCCAUCCCCAUCAUCCAGCUAUCUGCCAUGCCUACGGGCCGCAAGAUCUCAUUGACUCUGCUCUUCACGCUUCCUCUGGCCCUAGUUGCCAUUACAUGUUAUAGGAUACCGUCCGUUAUCUCCCAUAAAGGAUCUCAACAGUACCGUUCCUUGCUGGCCUCCCUCGAGAUCCUCGCUGCCACUGCCGUAUCAAAUGCCAUCGUUAUUGGAUCCUUUGUCCGGGACCGCGGCUUAAAGAAGCAAAAGUUCAAGGCUGCCUCCUUUAGUGAGAGUUUGGAACAGACUACCUCCCGCCGGGCCACCAUCACUCACCACCACUGGGGUUCAGAUGCAGACCUUGUCAGUGACCUAGGUAUCCGGCUUGAUCCCAGCCUGCGACCGCUGAGCUACCAGAAGAUCCGGCCUGCUCCCGUAGCCGUCCCUCAUGCGGUGGUAUCAAAACGCGGCUCCGUGGAUCGCAACUGGCAGUUCCCAUCCUCACAGCAGGUUGCAGAUGACGACCGUACGUCCACCUCUGAUAGCCUGAGCGGCCUGAAAGUCCAUCCUUACGAGUAUAUAGAAACAAACACCCGCCCACCGGCCCGUAGGUCCAACAGCGGCACCCCGUCCAAAUACAUGUCCCUUUCCAAGGUCUCCCUCAACGACGUCGGCGGACUCCUCGAUCCCCCCAAGGCCAAGGACGAGCCCAUCCCUCCCCCUCCUGCGGCGCACACCACUCCUCCCAACGCCCUCCCCGAAGCCCCAGAGCCAUCUCGUACCCGGAGCCAUCUCUUCCGCACCGUGGCUGGAUUCCUCUCCCCAUCAAGCAGUGGAAGCUCUCCCAGCCAAUCCUCCCCAUCGCCAAACACCUCUCCACGGAUAUUACCAAAUUUCUCACGGCCCACGCUCAAUACCGCAUACCUAGCUAGUGGAGCUCGGGCAGCACCAAACCAUGAGAGAAGGCCGUCUUCUCCCGGAAUAUCGCCGGGUGAGAUUAACCCUCGAACCGGCUCACCAGGCGACCCGGAUGUCCCCGAGCUACAGGACCUCGGUGGCCUAUUAAAUCGCGAUAUCGAAAGUGAUAUGCGCUACUCAAAAGAACCCUGA